AUGCUUUCGUUAUGGACUCUGCUUGUAUCUAUCAUCGGCAUCGCUGCUCUUGCUCAAGGAAAGUCUAGCACCGGAGAUUCGAUUCUCGUAGUGCUCGAACCGUCUUUGAAAAGAGACAACUUCUCGAUAUUCUUCAAUGGACUGGAAGACAGAGGAUACGACCUUACUUUCCGAGCGCCAAAGGAUGUCAAGCCAGAGGUAAUUGAAGACGACCGUGCGCAGUUCUCACAUGUCAUUCUCUUUGCCCCAGAGACAAAAACCUUCUCCCAGGACAUCACGCCCCAGUCGCUGGUAUCACUGCUUUCACUGAAUACGAACCUCCUCCUCGCCCUCUCCCCGAAACAAACAAUGCUCACAUCUCUCGCGCCGGAAUUCUCUCUCAUCCCCCCUCCACCAGGCACACCACUUCUCUCCCACUUUCCCGCCCGUGACACGCCUGCAACUGUGAUCCCGGUGCCCGUCACGUCCACGAGCCCACUCCUCACCCCGAGCCUGCCGCCGGUCUGGUUCUCAGGAGUGCCCUUCGCUCUCAGCAACAAUCCGCUGCUCGUGCCGAUACUGAAUGCGCCCGCAGAAAGUUUUGCGGCGGACUCGGACAGCAACGCGGGCGCUGACGCGGUCCUUGACGCCGCUGAGAAGGGCGGAGAGGGUCUUUGGGCGGGUAGCCAACUCGCACUUGUGGUGGGCUUCCAAGCGCUCCACGGCGCUCGCGCUACUUGGGCCGGAGGUGUCGAUCUCUUCAGCGACGAGUUCGCGAAGAAGGAACUACCGAGUGGAGGUAAAUCAGGAAAUGAACCGUUCGCCGCAGAUGUGGCUGCGUGGACAUUCCAGGAGUCGCUCGUCCUGAGGAUUGACAGCGUCGCUCACCACCGUGUCAAUGAGACCGUUCCAGGGGAGACAUACACUACUAAUGACAACGUCGUCUUUUCUGCUCAUAUCUCCAGGUUCGACCCGAGAACGUCGACGUGGGAGCCGUUCUCCGGCAUCAAGGACCUGCAGCUUGAGUUUACGAUGCUCGAUCCGCACAUCCGUACCGCUUUACUUCCGGUACCUGGCAAGCCAGGUAAAUAUUCCGUGACGUUCCGCGUACCAGACAGACACGGCGUGUUCAAGUUCGUCGUCGACUACAAGCGCAAAGGGUGGACGCACCUGCACAGCGCGACGGUCGUCCCCGUAGUGCCGCCCCGCCACGACGGGUACCCGCGCUUCCUUAGCUCCGCGUGGCCGUACUACGCGGGCGCGAUGAGCACCAGCAUUGGAUUUUUCAUUUUCUCUGUAUUGUGGCUGGCGGGCGACAAUCAGGAGCUGAAGAAAAAGACCACGAAGGGGGAGUAG